AUGGUAAAAGUAUUUCCCUCAGUACAGACAACUGGAUACCUAACACUCCUAUCCAUACUGUCGAUACCUAACACUCUUAUCCAUACUGUCUUCCCUGUGAGUCCAUUGCCAGAUGGCCAGCAUGUUGAUUUUUUGAUGUCCGAUGAUGGACACACCUGGGAUGAGGAAACAGUUCGUACCUACUUUGGGCAAAGAGAUGCUGAGAAGAUCCUAUUGAUUCCUAUCAGCUCUGAAGAUUGCCCAGAUUUUGCCUCUUGGCCUCAUACGAAGACUGGAAUUUUUACAGUGAGGUCAGCAUAUAACUAUGUCCAGGUCUCUAGAUUCUGGUCGGACCGCAGCAGGAAUGUCAGUGGUGCUUCUUCAGGUCACAAUAUCUCUAAAAUAGGAUGGAAGAAGUUAUGGGCUGUGCAGUGCCGCAACAAGAUGAAGGUCAUUCUCUGGCUCCUUGCGCAUGACUGUUUGCCGUCAGGUGCACAGCUACAACAUCGCUCCAUCCCGGGCUCUUAUGCAUGCUACUUCUGCAAUCGAUUUGAGCAAAUUGAACAUACCAUGUUAUUGUGUCCGUUUGCAAGAGAUGUUUGGAAAGAAAUCAAUGCAUGCUUUGCUGUCAGACUGAAACUUAAGAGCUUCAUUAAUCAGACAAUGGACUUUGGAUUGGCUGACUUCAGCUACGGCAAAUGA